AUGACCCCGCCGUCGUCAAAGCACAUCCUGCAGAAGGGAGCUGCGUGCAGCACGUGCAAAGCUCGCAAGGUGCGUUGCGACGCGGCCAAGCCUGCGUGCACGGCCUGCAGAAGGUCUGCGCGCUUCCGCGGCGACGACCCGAACCUCGUCCUGUGCAGCUACUCGGCGACGAGGCGGUGCGGACCCGCGCCUGGAGCGUCGCCGGAGGCCGCCGCUCGCGUCAAGGAGGUCAAGGCGCGCGCCUUGUCGCCCCUGCACCCUGUCGCUGUCGAGGCCGUGUCGUCCGAUUGCGCCGCGACGAGCGCUCGCUACUCUGAGCCGUCGUUCCCGAUCCUCUCCUCGGCACCGUCGCACCUGCCGCCCUCACCGUCGACGUCCAGCUCGUUCCCCUGCGCCUCCACUUCGACCUCCACCUCCUCGCUCGAGGUCAUUGCGUCGCCAUCGUUGUCACCCGCACCCCGUCGCUUCGUCCUCCCCGCGCCCAUCACGUCACACACGGCGUCGUUGCCUCUCCCACCGUACGCCGACGCGUCGCCCCAGUUCGCCGCCGUCGCUGCGGCCGCCGGGUCCGCAUCUUUCUUCCGCGUCGCAGCGCCGGCGGGCACGUCGUUCCCGUACUACGGCGUCGACAGCAUGACGUCGAGCAAGCCACCGAGCCUGGAAUCGACCUCGCCGUCGUCGUACUGGUCGUCCGAGGACCCGCACGGUUUCGUCUCGUCGCCCUCGUCCGUCGACUCGUUCGCGUGGGCCGACGAGCUCAGCCCCUCGUCGUCGUCCGGCACGUCGCUCACCGGGUCGCCAUUCUCGCUGUGCGACGACCUCGACUACGCGUUGGCGGCCGUCACGUCCGACUUGCCCGACUUUGCCGCGCCGCCGGCGACCCCGUCGUUCUACUCGCCCUUGGACCUGUUCGCGACGGCGUUCGGCGCCGACGUCAAGCACGACUCGACGGUCGACAGCGUCUUCCUCCCCUCGGCGCAUGACGGCCAGGCGACGUUGUCCCUACCGCUCUUUGGCCGCUAGCAUUAGCUCCUCUCUCGUUGCCGUCCCCUUGUGCAUAGAUUCGACCCUUCCCCUGUUGUUCUUAGUGCGCGACAUGCCCUCGCAAUGUACUUGCUCUGCGGCCUGCAG